GUGUGUUAAGUAAGAUUUACAACCAAAAUAUAUAUUCGCAGCAAGAAGGAAGGCAGGUGACAAAGUCACGCGCAGACACAACACCGCCUCUGCCACCGCCUCCGCCCGAGUUUCCCGUUCCGACGCCGCAUAAGAGAAAGAGGAAGAAGAAACAAACAGCGGAAUGGGGAAACAGAAAGGAGAAGGUGCAAGAAGCAAGUCACGCCCUUCAAGCAGCAGUCUCGCCGCGUCGCUAUUGCCUUCCAGUUCCGCCGCCGCCGUCGGAUUCGGUGGUUUUGUUGGUAGCUCGCGCCUCGAUCCUUCUUCUCUUUCAACCGAUGAUUCUCUCCCUUUUGCUGAUGUUGAUAGUGAAAUUGCGGUGCACUUGAAGAGGCUAGGCAGAAAGGAUCCCACUACAAAGCUGAAGGCGUUGUCAGCUUUAUCUACGCUGCUGCAACAAAAGUCUGCCAAAGAAAUUGUUCUAAUUGUUCCUCAAUGGGCGUUUGAAUAUAAAAGGCUGUUGCUGGAUUAUAACAGGGAAGUUAGACGGGCUACCCAUGAGACCAUGACCACUCUUGUUACUAAUGUUGGGAGAGAUUUAGCUCCACAUCUCAAGACUUUGAUGGGACCGUGGUGGUUUGCACAAUUUGAUCCAGUUUCUGAAGUUUCUCAGGCAGCAAAAAGGUCUUUGCAGGCCGCCUUUCCAGCUCAGGAAAAGAGACUUGAUGCUUUGAUCUUAUGCACAACAGAGAUAUUUAUGUAUUUAGAAGAAAACCUAAAGCUCACACCUCAAAAUUUGUCUGACAAAGCUACAGCUUUGGAUGAACUAGAAGAGAUGUACCAGCAGGUGAUAUCAUCAACAUUGUUAGCAUUGGCCACACUUCUUGAUGUUUUAAUUUGCCACCAACAAGAACGACCUGGUUUUGAUAGCAUAACUGAACCUAAACAUGCUUCAAAGGCCAGGGUGGCUGCUGCUUCUUAUGCUGAAAAGCUGUUGACAGAUCAUAAAUACUUUCUAGAUUUCUUGAAGUCCCAAAGACCUACUAUCCGAUCUGCUACCUAUACUGUGCUGAAGAGCUUAAUAAAAAAUAUCCCGCAGGCUAUUAAUGAAGGAAAUCUGAAAACUUUUGCUGUUGCAAUUCUUGGUGCUUUCAACGAGAAGGAUCCAACAUGCCACCCCUCAAUGUGGGAUGUAAUGUUACUUUUCUCUAGAAGAUUUCCAGGUGGUUGGACUUCCUUAAAUGUUCAGAAAAGCAUACUGAAUCCGUUUUGGAAUUUUCUAAGGAGUGGGUGCUUCGGUUCCCAGCAGGUCUCAUAUCCAGCUUUGAUACUAUUCUUAGACAGUGUGCCUCCUAAAGCUGUAGCAGGGGCUAAGUUUUUUCUUGAAUUUUUCAAGAACUUGUGGGCGGGAAGGAGAACUUCUCUAUCUGCAGAUAGACUAGCAUUUUUCCAGGCAUUCAAAGAAUGUCUUCUUUGGUCAUUGAAAAAUGCUUCUAGAUAUAAUGAUGAUAGUGACUCGGUCAGUCAUUUCCAUGUCACUCUUGUCGAUAAUGUCCUAGUAAAACUUUUAUGGAAGGAUUUCCUUACAACUGGAAGCUCCAAAGGUUCUGAAAUAAUCAACUCAGGAAAAGAAGCAGAUUCAUCUGAGGAAAAUGCUUCUCACAGCAAGAAAGUCGAUAUGCUUAGUACAAAGUCUCCAAAGCCCCAUAUGCAAGAGUUGGGGAAAUGCUUUGUCGAAAUCCUUAUAGGCAUAUUUGGGUUAGAUAGCAAUCUUUUAUCUGUUUUCAUUGUGGAACUUGAGGAUAAUUGCAUGGCCAUUCUUCAGCAAGCAGGUAAUGUGGAGUCUGUUGAACGGAUCAUUUUGUUCAUGUUAUUGCUGGAGCAACAUGCUGUGGUGAAAGGUGCAACUUGGCCCUUGGUCUAUAUUGUUGGACCGAUGUUGGGGAAAUCUUUCUCGAUCAUUAGAUCUUCUGAUUCACCAGAUACUGUGAGACUUUUGACAGUUGCUGUUUCAAUAUAUGGACCACAGAAGAUGGUCCAAGAAGUUUUUAAUCAAAACAGAGGGAACUACUCUAGUCAGCUUUCAUAUGAUGGGGAUAAAGUAUUGGAAGUUCAAGACUUUAUGCAAAUCUUCAAGAACAUUUUUGUUCCUUGGUGUCUGCAAGUGAAUAGUUGCUCAGCCAAAGCUCGAUUUGACUUGUUGUUGGCAUUGCUGGAUGAUGAGUAUUUCUCAGAACAAUGGUCUUUCAUUGUCAACUAUGUGAUUAGAGAAAGUCAUUCUGGAUGCCCGCCAGGUUUGCUACAUUCUGACCAUGCAGCAAUGUUGGCAUUACUCCUUGAAAAAGCAAGGGAUGAGAGUAUGAAGAGGAAGGUGGGAGAUGAAUCCAGCUAUAGACCAGGCACUAAUUCUGAAGAUUGGCAUCAUGAAUGUCUGGAAUCGUCUGCUAUUGCUGUUUCCCGAUCCCUGCCUCCUUUUAGCACUUCUCAUGUGCACUUCAUGUGCUCUCUCCUUGGUGGUUCAACAGAAGGAAGAUCAAUGUCUUUUCUGUCCAGAAAUACACUGAUCCUCGUCUAUGAAGAGAUUUUCAGGAAGUUAGUCAGUUUUAUUCAGCCUUCAUCUUUCAUUUGGGUACAGAAUGCCGCUUCAAUGUUAAGCAAUGAUGCAAAGAUCUGUUUAGAAUUUGAUAGUUCUCUCGACAUUGUUGAGAUGGCUCAGUUUUCGCUUAAGAUACUUGAUGGAAGUUUCUUUUGUCUAAAUACAAUUGAUGUGGAAAGUGGACUUGUAUCAGGGAUUUUAUCUGCAAUUUUUGUCAUUGAAUGGGAGUGUGAUUUAUGGAAAGGUUUGGUUAAGUCACUUCAGGACAAUUCAAUGACCGAAACCAAAGCCAGAUUAACAAUUGGGGAAUAUGCGCGUGCUUUACGUAAAAAGAUUAAUGUUCAAUUCUUGAAAAGCCUAUGCUUAGAUAGCCGCAAAAGAUUGUUGAAUAUUUUAAUUCAGUCAGUGAAGUCUGCCAUAUUUGUUGAAGACAGACUUGUUGAUGAUGGAAUUGCAUCAUUAGGCUGUACAUGGGUGCUCGAAGUUCUUGAAUGCAUUUGUGUAGAUGAAAGUGAUAAACUAAACCUGCUACAUCAGCUUCUGAGCAAAGAUGAAAUGUGGCCUGUGUUUGUUGUGCCAAAUUUCAGCUUAGUGAAGGCUUCAGGACACCAGAAGUUUGUAGCUUUAAUAGACAAGUUAAUCCUGAAAAUUGGUAUUGAUAGAGUUAUUGCUGGGUGUGCAAUGUCUGAUCCAUCUAUGCUUGAAAGUCAAGAGGUUGCAUCUUCUGCUUGGCUAGCUGCUGAAAUCCUGUGCACAUGGAGAUGGCCAGGAAACAAUGCUGUCUCUUCUUUCUUACCUUCACUGAGUGCAUAUGCGAAGCGAUGUAAUUCUCACCAGGAAAGCCUGUUAGAUGACAUAGUGAGCAUCUUGGUUGAUGGUUCUCUUGGUUUUGGAGGUGAUAGCACAACUAGUUCUGUGAGUAUGUGGCCAGUUAGAGCUGAUGAAGUGGAAGGAAUUGAAGAACCAUUUUUAAAAGCACUUGUUUCCUUUCUAUCCACUUUGUUCAAAGAGAAUAUUUGGGGGACAGAGAAGGCGUCAAAUCUGAUUAAGCUUCUUGUGAAUAAACUCUUUCUUGGUGAAACAGUAAAUACAAAUUGUCUUAAGAUUCUUCCUUUGCUUAUAAGUGUACUUCUAGAGCCAUUGUAUGGAUGUGUGGAGCCUGAAAGUGUUCCACCUUGUUCUUUGGAAGAAAGCUUCGUGCAAAAUACUAUGAUAGACUGGCUUGAGAGGGCUCUACAGCUCCCACCUUUGGUCACAUGGAAAACAGGACAAGACAUGGAAGUUUGGCUCCAGUUAGUUCUUGGCUGCUAUCCUUUCUGCGCAAUAGGUGGUCUACAAGCAUUGAAGCCGGCUAGAAUUGUCAACCUUGAUGAGAGGAAACUUUUAUAUAAAUUAUUCCAGAAGCAGAGGUGCGUUACUGGUGGAUCGGCAAUGAUUAACCAGCUUCCAGUAGUGCAGAUGCUGCUGUCAAAACUUAUGGUUGUUUCAGUAGGUUAUUGCUGGGAUGAAUUUAGUGAAGAAGAUUGGGACUUUCUGUUGUCUAACCUAAGGUGCUGGAUUCAGUCAGCAGCUGUUAUAAUGGAGGAUGUAGCUGAAAAUGUAAAUGGUCUAGUAGAUAUUUCAUCUGAUAAUUUAGAUUUGAUGUGUAAGAAAAUUGAGAAAAUUGUUUUGAUUUCAGAUCCUUUUCCCAUAAAGAUUUCUGAAAAUGCCCUUUUGUCCUUUUCACUUUUUCUUAAGCAUUGUAAACUUCAAAAAAGUGAAGAAAGCGAUAAUUUAAAUACAUUGAAAACAGAAAAGUUGGAUUCUAUUAAAGAUCGGAUUGUAGAGGGGAUCCUUCGUUUACUAUUUUGUACUGGCAUUUCUGAGGCUAUUGCAAAUGCAUUCUGCAAAGAAGCUGCAUCAGUUAUUGCAUUGUCACGGGUUGAGUAUACAUAUUUUUGGGAAUUGGUAGCUUCUGGUGUUGUUGAUUCCUCGUCACAGGCUAGAGAUAGAGCAGUGAAAUCAGUUGAAUUCUGGGGACUAAGCAAAGGAUCUAUUAGCUCAUUGUAUGCUAUACUUUUUACUUCCAAGCCAAUUCCUUUGUUGCAGUUUGCUGCAUAUUUUGUUCUUUCAAGUGAGCCUGUUUUGAGUAUGGCUGUUAUUGAAGAUAAUGCUUGCAACUCAGACAUCAAUGCUGCUAGUGACCAGGAUCUCAGCCGUUUUGACAUGUCUAUAGAAGAUAAAGUCCAUUUGAGAGAGGAAAUAUCUUGCAUUGUUGAAAGGGCACCUUAUGAGGUUCUUGAACUGGACUUACUUGCACAUCAACGAGUAAAUCUCUUCCUUGCCUGGUCUCUGUUGAUAUCACAUUUAUGGUCAUUACCUUCAUCAUCAUCUCUGAGGGAGAGACUGAUCCAGUACUUACAAGAUUCUGCUACUCCAAUUAUUUUAGAUUGCCUUUUUCAGCAUAUUCCUGUAGAGAUUUCCAUGAUUCAGAGUCUGAAGAAGAAAGAUGCAGAACUUCCUGGCGGCUUAUCAGAAGCUGCAAGUGCUGCUACCCGUGCCACCACUUCUGGUUCACUCUUGUUUUCUGUGGAAUCUCUUUGGCCUCUUGAAUUGGAGAAAAUGUCAUCAUUUGCUGGGGGAAUAUAUGGCCUGAUGCUUCAUGUUCUUCCAGCUUAUGUUCGUGGCUGGUUCAGUGACUUGCGUGAUCGUAACGCAUCAGCUGUCAUUGAAUCCUUUACAAAGACUUACUGCAGCCCUCCUCUCAUUGCAAAUGAAUUAUCCCAGAUUAAGAAAUCCAACUUUCAUGAUGAGAAUUUCUCAGUUAGUGUCAGCAAAUCAGCAAAUGAAGUGGUUGCUACUUACACUAAAGAUGAAACAGGAAUGGAUCUAGUCAUUCGUCUCCCUGUGUCUUAUCCACUAAGGCCUGUAGAUGUUGAUUGCACUAGGAGCCUUGGUAUUAGUGAGGUCAAGCAAAGAAAAUGGUUGAUGUCAAUGAUGUUAUUUGUUCGUAAUCAGCAGAAUGGAGCUUUGGCAGAAGCUAUAGGAAUUUGGAAGCGCAAUUUUGAUAAAGAAUUUGAAGGUGUAGAGGAGUGCCCAAUCUGUUACAGUGUCAUUCACACCACAAACCACAGCCUUCCUCGUCUUGCUUGCAGGACAUGCAAACACAAAUUUCAUUCUGCUUGCCUUUAUAAAUGGUUUUCAACUUCUCACAAAUCAUCUUGCCCUUUGUGUCAAUCUCCGUUCUAAGGUUACACAUUCAGUCAUGAUUUUGUUUACCAAUUUUGCUUCCUGGUGAUGCCGCCUUGCACUGACAGUAGUAGAUGAUGAGAAUCUGUCGAUGUAUAUGAAAAUCAAUACCUUGUAUGAGAAUCAAAGCUGAUUAAGGCAUUGCUGACUUACACACAACUGGCUUACGUAACUUGCAUGAUUUCCAGCAUCUUUUCUCCAUUAAUCUUCAUGAUUCAAUUAUAGAGGAAGCUGGACAGUGUUUUGCGACACAUGGGUAUGUCAUAUUUUCUAUAGAGGCAAGAGAAAUGUAUCUAAUUCCUUUUUCAUGUAAAAUUUCUCCUUUCUCUUUAUAUACUAAGUGGUAGUAUUACGUUGUUUUAAUUCUGUUUAGAAGAGGUGAGUUCUGAUCAUAGGAGGCUGUCUGCACAAGAACAAUUUUGUACAUCUACAUUACUUAUAUUAACCAUUGAAUCACUUAAGAGUAAGAA